UCACAAUUAUAAUAGCAAUAGAAUAUUCACACGCAAGCUCUUUUUUCGCCGGUGGAUUUCGUUUAGAUAUUUUAAUCAUCUUCUUUUCAGCUCAAAAAUAAAAAUAAAAAAUAUUGUGUUUGGGAGCGAAGAAAACGUGAAGAGAAAAUUAGGAAAAGUUUUGAUUCAACUUGGAAAGCGCUUAGAAAAUUUCCGUUUCUCUUAGCGAUAUCAUCGCUUAGGUUUUCAUCGCCUGAAAAGCUAACUCAAUCGAAGCUCAUAUCUUCUCUCAUUCAUUCGGCUGAUCGUGAUUGUUUAAUAAAGCACGCACAUACGAGGAUCGUGGACUAGGAAGCGUAGUUUUGUGUUGUUUUGUUUUUAUUUUGUUCAGCAUUUGCUUGUUAUAAGAGCAAAGUAACGAUUUCUGCAACUAUGAGAACUUCAUGGGCGGAUUCUGCUGACAAUUCAGCCAAUGGUUCUGCCAAUACCAAUGCCUCGGCUGGCCCUCCCCGGUCAGCAUAUGUCCCUCCGCAUCUUCGCAAUAAGACAUUGUCCUCCGAGGUUCCAGUGGCAUCACACUCGUCUUCUUUGCCAGCUAAUGACAGCCGUGCAAAUUACGGUGGUCCUGCUCCUCAUGGGGGCAGUUCCUUUAAGCCUGAUCUCGGACGGCAAGGAUAUGGUUCUGGUUUUCAGACUGGUGGUGGCUGGAAUAGUAGAGGGGCAGGGAGGGACCGUGGGAGGCGUGAGGUGAACCCUUUUGAGAAUGAUGAAGCUGCUGAUCAAUCUUUUAGUGAGCAAGAGAACACGGGCAUUAACUUUGACGCCUAUGAUGAUAUCCCUGUGGAGACUAGUGGAGAGAAUGUACCACCACCUGUGAAUACAUUUGCUGAAAUAGAUUUGGGCGAGGCAUUGAAUCAAAAUAUACAGAGAUGCAAGUAUGUCAAGCCAACCCCAGUUCAGAGGUAUGCCAUACCAAUAUCUCUUUCAGGGAGAGAUUUGAUGGCCUGUGCUCAGACAGGAUCAGGAAAGACAGCUGCUUUUUGCUUCCCUAUUAUAAGUGGAAUCAUGCGGAUGCAGUAUGUUCAAAGACCACGUGUAGCACGAACUGCUUUUCCUCUGGCACUUAUCCUCUCCCCUACACGGGAGCUUUCAUGUCAGAUACAUGAUGAGGCCAGAAAGUUUUCUUAUCAAACUGGUGUCAAAGUGGUAGUUGCUUAUGGAGGAGCACCAAUCACCCAACAGUUACGGGAGCUUGAGAGAGGAGUUGAUAUUCUGGUGGCUACUCCAGGAAGAUUGGUAGAUUUGCUUGAGAGGGCUAGGGUGUCAUUGCAGCUGGUAAAGUAUUUGGCUCUUGAUGAGGCAGAUCGGAUGCUAGAUAUGGGUUUUGAGCCUCAAAUAAGAAAAAUAGUUGAACAAAUGGACAUGCCUCCUCCAGGCAUGAGACAGACACUGCUAUUUAGUGCCACAUUUCCCAAAGAAAUACAGAGACUUGCAUCAGAUUUUCUUUCAAAUUAUGUGUUUCUGGCUGUUGGAAGAGUUGGUUCAAGUACUGAUCUAAUUGCUCAAAGAGUAGAAUAUGUGCUUGAGUCAGACAAGAGAAGCCAUCUAAUGGACCUUCUUCAUGCUCAGAGGGAAAAUGGAAUUUAUGGCAAGCAAGGUCUUACAUUGGUUUUUGUGGAAACAAAGAAAGGAGCUGAUGCAUUGGAACACUGCUUGUGUGUUAAUGGAUUUCCUGCAACUAGCAUUCAUGGUGACAGGACACAACAAGAAAGAGAGCUAGCAUUGAGGUCAUUCAAGAGUGGAAACACACCAAUUCUUGUGGCAACGGAUGUUGCGGCACGUGGUCUUGACAUCCCACGGGUAGCACAUGUGGUAAAUUUUGAUCUUCCCAAUGACAUUGAUGAUUAUGUGCACCGGAUAGGAAGAACGGGGAGAGCUGGUAAAAUGGGAUUAGCAACAGCCUUCUUCAAUGACAAUAAUGUGUCGUUGGCUAAACCAUUGGCUGAUCUGAUGCAAGAGUCAAAUCAAGAAGUACCUGCCUGGCUCACCCGUUAUGCAGCAAGGGCGUCUUACGGUGGUGGCAACAGAAAUAGGAGGUCAGGGGGAGCCCGAUUUGGUGGCCGCGAUUUUAGGAAAGAAACAUUUAAUAAAGGAACAGAUUACUAUGGUGGAACCGGUGGAUAUGGCAGUUAUGGUGGAGGAUAUGGUCAAGGUGUGACAAGUGCUUGGGAUUAGAUUAGUGUCACAUCACUGAUUCAUUCUCACGUUGAUUGUAUAUAAAUUUCAGACUUUAAUGAUGAAAAUUUGUCUCUUCUCAACCAUGGUUUGCUAACCAUGCAUUCCUUUCUACUGGAAAUCUUUUGUCAUAGGAAAGAUUUACAAUGGCUUGGUUUUGCUGGUUAGGCAAAUAAGGUUGGGAAAUGCUGCAAAUGGAGAAGAAAAAAUCUGUAUGCAACCCGAAAUUUCUGACUGGAUGACUUGUUAGAGUCUGUAGAAGAGAGAGACGGUGUAAACAGAUUGGAUGGAGACCAAAGGGCAGAUAUUACUGAGUUUAAAUGGUGAGUAUUGCCGUGUUUUGUAUUUUGAUAGGUCCUUAGCCUUUGACAGUCUAAGUCAGGAGUUAUCCCUAAUUAGCAUGCACAUAUUAUUGAUUUGAU